AUGCCGUUGCUGUACGACUGGUUCGCCAACCACCACCUCGUCUGGCCGUCGCUCUCGUGCAGGUGGGGUCCGUUGGUGGAGGACCGCACGCAUAAGUACAAGCGACGCCUCUACCUCUCCGAGCAGACGGACGGCACAAUGCCUAACACUCUUGUGGUCUCCAACGCGUAUGUUGUGAAACCUCGUGUUGCUGCCCCACGGGACAUCUGCCGGUUCAAGUACGACAGGCGAUCGCCCUUUGUGCGCAAGUUCAAAACGAUCGUGCAUCCGGGCGAGGUGAAUCGCAUCCGAGAGCUGGUGCAGAACCGCAACAUCAUAUUCACACACACCGACAGCCCCGACGUGCUCAUGUGGCACGUGGAACGGCAUCCCUUCUGCACUCCUUCCUUCAACACCCCCACCUCUACUCCUGACCUGAUCCUGGUGGGGCACACGGAGGAUGCGGAGUUUGCCAUGGCGACCAGCCCGGUGGCCCCGCUGGUGAUCAGCGGGGGCAAGGACCACAACGUGCUGCUUUGGAACGUGGCGGACCAUGUCACGUCGCUGCAGUCAUCUGCAGCCCUCCGCAAGCCCCACCCUGCUGCCAAGCCGAAAGCCAAGGCAGCUGCUGCUUCCUCCGCGCCUUCCCGCGCUGGCCCCUCUGCCCCCCUUUCCUCCCGCGCCCGUGCUGACUCCCCUGCCCGUAGCAGGGGGAGAGGCGGAGGCGGGGGAGUGGGUGGGGAUGGGGAUGGGGGAAGCGCGGCAGGGGAAGCUGAGAAGAAACGGAAGCGGGAGGAAGGUUUGGUGAAGGGAGAGGAAACGAAGGAAGGGGAGAAGGAGGAUGGUGGAGGGGAGGGGGAGAAGAGAGUCAGAGGAUCGGAGGGGGCUGAAGUGGGGAGCGGUAAGAAAGAGGAGAAAGAAGAGGAGGGAAAUGAGGGAGGGGCGGGCAAGCAGGAGGAGGCGAAAAGGGAGAAUGGGGAGAAGGAGGAGAAGCCGGAGGAAGAUACAGUGGAGGAGGGAGAGAAGAAGGGAGUGAAGAAAGAGGAGGGGAAAGAGAAGGGGGAGGAUGGGGAAGAGAAGGAAGGGGAGGAGAAAGAAAAUGAGGGGGAGGGAAAAGAGAAGGAGGGGGAGGGGAAAGAAAAGGAGGGUGAGGGAAAAGAGAAGGAAGAGGGUACGAAGGUAGAGGAGGAGUCUAAGGAGAAAGGUACUGAGGGAGAGGAGAAGGUUGUAGAAGGUGAAGGGAAAGCAGAGGAGGGGGCAGAGACGAAAGAAGAUGCAGAGGGGAAAAAAGGUUCAGAAGCGAAAGAGGAAGCAGAAGAAAAAGUGGAGGAAGAGGCAGGGAGCGAUGAUAAGACAGGGAAAGGUGAGGAGGAAUCUGAAGCAGUGAAGGCAGCCGAGACAGGGGAGAAGGAGAAGACAGAAAAGGAGGAGAAGGUAGAGGGGGACGUAGGGAGAGAGGAGGCGGGAAGGGGAGGGGAAUUGGCAGGGAGCAAGGAUGAAGAAGAAAAGAAAGAGGGUGGUGGUGAUGCUGAGAAACCUGCCUCCGCUGCUCCUGCUGGUGCGGAUGCAGAUAAACCUGCAGAGGCAGGAAAAGAGAGUGAGGGCAUGGAAUUGGAUAAGACAGGGGGAGAGGAGGGUGAGGGAGUGAGGAAGGGUGAUGCGGCAGAGAGUGAUAAGGCAGGUGGGAAGGAGGGUGCAGAAGGGAAGGAGGAUGGUCAGGCAGGGAAGGGUAACGCAGGGGGGGAUGAGGGCGUGGAAGCUGGGGACGAGAGUAAGGAGGUGGAAGAGGAGCAAGCGGUUGAGGAGAAGAAAGAGGGGGAGAGCAAGGAGGGAAGACCGAUCACAAAAAAAGAUGGAACAACUGACGGGGCACCAACGGGAAUGGUCAUUGACGAGGCAACUGGUGGUGGUGGUGGUGGUGGUGGUGGUGGUGGUGGUGCUCCUCCUGGCGAUGAUGAAGCAGAGGCGGAUGCAGACGGUGCAGGCAAGCCCACUGUUGCAACCCGAUCCUCCUCCCGCUCCCCUCCACUCAACCUCGGAUCCGCCGCGAAAUCCACCAGCCUGGCCCCCCGCGGGAUGUUCAAGGGCCACACAGCAACCGUAGAAGACGUGUGCUUCCACCCCUCGCACUCCCAGCAGUUCUGCUCCGUUGGCGACGACUCGAGACUGCUGCUGUGGGACGCACGGACUGGCGGAGAGAAGGGCCCGUGUCAGAGGGUGGAGAAAGCGCAUGAUAGUGACGUUCACUGUGUGGAUUGGAACGGGCGGAACGAGCAUAUGGUGGUGACGGGGGGUGCGGAUAAGAGCGUGAGGCUGUUUGAUGUGAGGAAGCUCGGGGGAGGGCCGGUGGGGAAGGCGGAGGGGGAGGCGAGGGGGAAGGCGGAGGGGGAGGCGAGGGGGAAGGCGAAGGCUACGCAUGCGUUCCGCGGAGGGCACCAGGCAGCUGUGCUGUCCGUGCAGUGGUGUCCCGACAGCCCCACUGUGUUUGCCAGCUGUGCAGAGGACGGGCUGGUCAACAUCUGGGACUGCUCCCUGUUGCAUGUGGAGGCGGUGAAGUCGUCUCGAGCUGACGGAGUGCCGCCUGGUCUGCUCUUCCAACACGUGGGCCACCAGGAUCGAGUGAUUGAGUUCCAGUGGGCACCAAAGGACCCAUGGACGUUUGCGAGUGUGUCAAGCAACGUGAACAAGCGAAGGGGAGGAGGCACGCUGCAGCUUCCCCCAUCUCCCGUCUCCGCGCAGUUGGACCUCCGCGCUCUAGACGGCGCGCAGUUGCACGUACAGGCGGGCGCACGGGGGGAAGCGGGGGCACAGGCGGACGGUCGGAGGGUGGAGGUGUGCCGGUUUGCGCCACCAGGGGCAGCGGCCGCGGGGCGAGGCGCAGCAGGGGGGAAGGGAUUUGUCUGGGGAGGCCAGCCAAUUACGGAGCUCGCACUCGUGUCAGACCCACUGCCCCGUGGGAAUCUGGUGGCGGUUCUGCCUGGCUGUGACGGCCGCCCUCCCAUAGUGCGGCCAAUCACUCGCUCCGUAACGUGUGUGUCUGCUGCUGCCGUGCCACAGCCUGAGUCCACUCCAACGCCCCCUCAAGAAUCUUUGUCUGCCAAGAAGAAAGGCAAGCAAAAGAAGCUUGCUGAUAAGGCGGAAGUACCACCGGUAGGAGAGAAGGGUGAGACUCCCAGAAUGAAGAAGAAAAAGCGGAAAUCAGAUGUUGAUGGAGAUGGUAGUGGUAAGAAGUCAAAAUAG